CUGAAGGAGCCUCGCGUUCCUUUGUUCUUCGUUGGUGGAUAAUAACGUAUUGACUGCUGAAGUUGAAAGAUUCCUUCAAGCGGCGGCUGAUAACAGUUGCUGACGAUCAUCUGCUACCGAGUUUUCACUACAUAUUCAGUGGCUAUAAACGACAGACGGGACGAAAAACAAUCCUGCGGCAGAUGGAGACCGAGACAGCAGAACCAGCUGGCUACUUGGAUGCAUCUCUCCAUCCUGCGCACCAGAUGUGUUCCGAGUCUGACACUGAUGACAGUGAGGACUGGAGAGAGACCAGUAACACUCGGUCAAUCAGUCGGUCCAUCUCUGUUGAGAAUCCAAACGUUGAUGUCAAAGAGGAGCCAGAUGAUGCUGAUCACAAAUCACUGAUCGACUCGACACGUGGGAAGAAAUGCACAUCGAAAGCUAAAUUGACAGAUUGCAAGAAAUCCUGUGGUGGUCCUCCGACUUGUUUGCUUUGCGGGAACCAUUUUGAAACCAGAAGAAAACUGUUGAGCCACAUGAGCAUUCACCCUGGUGCAAAACCUUUCAUCUGCUCCCUGUGUGGAAAAGGUUUUAAAUUCAACAGCAGCCUAAAUAAACACAUGCGAACUCACACUGGUGAAAAACCUUUCACCUGCUCUCAGUGUGGAAAAUGUUUUCCAUUCAACAGCAGCCUAAAGGAUCACAUGAGCGUUCACACUGGUGAAAAACCUUUCAUCUGCUCCCAGUGUGGAAAAGGUUUUUCACUCAACAGCCGGCUAAAUAAACACAUGCGAACGCACACUCGUGAAAAACCUUUCAAUUGCUCCCUGUGUGGAAAAGAUUUUCCAUUUAACAGCAGCCUAAAGCUCCACAUGCGAACUCACACUGGUGAAAAACCUUUCAUCUGCUCCCUGUGUGGUAAAGGUUUUUCACUCAACAGCAACCUAAAGCUACACCUGCGAGCUCACACUGGUGAAAAACCUUACAUUUGCUCCCAGUGUGGUAAAUCUUAUUCAGAGAGCAGCAAACUUAGGAGACACAUGAGAGUUCACACUGGUGAAAAACCUUUCAUCUGCUCCCAGUGUGGAGAAGGUUAUGCAGACAGCUGUGGAUUAAAGUAUCACAUGAGUGUUCACACUGGCGAAAAACCUUUCAUGUGCUCCCAGUGUGGAAAAGGUUUUUCAGUCAAUAGCAACCUAAAGCAACACAUGAUAACUCACACUGGUGAAAAACCUUUCAUCUGCUCCCAGUGUGGUAAAGGUUUUUCACUCAACAGCAACCUAAAAAAACACAUGAGAGUUCACACUGGUGAAAAACCUUUCAUCUGCUCCCAGUGUGGUAAAUGUUUUUCAGAGAGCGGCGGACUAAAGAAACACAUCACAGUUCACACUGGUGAAAAACCUGUCAUCUACUCCCAGUGAGGAAAAUGUUUUCCACGGAAUGGCAUUCUCAAAGGUCACAUGAAAGUUCACACUGUUGAAAAACCUUUCAUCUGCUCCCAAUGCGCAAAAUGUUCAGAGAAGAGUUACCUGAGGAGGCAUAUGAAGAUUCACUCUGGAGAAAACCGUUCAUUCCUUGUACUGAAAUAUUCAGCAUAAUUUUGUCUCCAUUUAAUACCAUAAAAUACAUUGUUAUUCUGUCAAGGUCCUCAUCAGUGAGUCAAAUGCCGCCUCGAUCUUGUGACGUGGUGGAAUUGACACCAACCAAUAAUGAGGGAUUUGUUGACGGUUUUUGAGGAGGAAGGUCAGGUUCACGUAACACAAGGACUUCGUUUUAUAGACUAUUGAUAGGUUGGCAUCGCCACUUACUGUUUAUGUUCCGGUUUCGAAACCCAUUUGAGGCUAACUUUGAGGGCAAAACUAUUGUACAAAGCAGGAAAGAUUGUGACCUCUCAUCCCUCAUUUUUUGAAGUUGCUUUUCCUGUUUCACCUUUUUUUAAGCUCUUCAUCUUUUAGUCAUAACAACAGGCUUCCAUGCUCACUCGCACAGUUAGAAUAUUCAACUGCUUCAUGGUUUCUAUUCUGGAGGUGCCAGUGUGAUGUCACACAGAUAGCACUGAGGUGUGGAGUACGGCCGAGAUGUUGCGACCGGUUGCUUUAUGAUCUUCCUCUUUCGAGUUCAGUCUUGGAGGGGGAAAAAUGCUGAGUUCCUGUCUCAUGUAUAGUUGUUUUUUUCAGAUUAACAUUGUGAGUUUUUGUUGGACGUGUUUGAUUGUUAUUGAAUCAAUGUUGUAAGCCAACUUUGCAUGUGUAGAUGGAGGUGUGUGAGUUAUCUAGCAUGAGCUUCUCUGAUUCAGUGACAUUGCGACGGAGUGUGUGGAAAAUAUGCAAUAAA